AUGGUGUGGAUUAUUCCUUGGAUCGGGGUUCGAACAAUAAUCCUGUUCCUAAGUGUUAAUCUCUUACUCGUGCCCGUAACAUCAUCUAAGUUUCGGCCACUGAUACGAUCACGCGAUGCACCGGAAUCAAACCCAGCGAAUGGUCCAUUUUCUUCGGAUUUCAUAUUUCCCAACGAGUUGGUACCGAGGAUUGAUAAGCAGGAGUGUCGGCCGGAAUUUCCCUUAUGUACUAAUGUUGCUGACUAUCCUCAGAAGUUGGUGGACGAGAUCAUUGCCCGGCACGAGCAGCGUUUCGCCGAGGUUUUCGGCAACGAUGUAGUCAUUGACACUGGCGACGAAUUGUACCAACGAUUUGAUACUUCGGACGACGAUUUUCUCUGUACAAGUGAGGAAAAACUUGUUCAUCCCCAGAGCGGUUACACCAAAGAGGAAAAGCUAGUAAUGAUCGUCAACACUCCCAAUUACACGCAGGGUGUACGAAUAGAGAUGUGUCGUCAUCCGGAACAACCAUGCAAUAAAUUGGAGUACCUAACAUCGUUAUUCAGGACAAAGUGUAAACAACUGUACCACUACCGAACGUUGCUCGCCAUCAAUCCGGCUACCAAGCAGCCGUAUAAAGAGUCGUUUCGGUUACCAUCCUGCUGUAAAUGUGUGAUACGACCGUUGCAGGGACGAAUGUGA